AAGACAAAAAAAAAGAGCUUAGACUUUGCCUCCAAGCAUCUUGUUGUUUUUCUAAUAGAUAAAUGAAGGAAUGGCUAAUUAAAUAUCCAAACUAUGCUGAACACCUGCUGCUAACAUUAGUCAAAAAAGUUGUGCCAAUUUAUGAACAUCCAUCACUUCUCCUAGAUAAUAGUAAAAGUGCAAAGUUGCUAAGACAUAACACAACAGGCCAAAGUGAAUAUGGAAGAUUAAUCAAAUGUUAUUUAAUAGCACUCUUAAUGAUACCUUUAAACUGCACAUUACAGUUGAAAAUGAUAGCUCAAAACCCUUAGAGGCAGAAAAACUAAAAUUUAAAAUAAUGUAUUCAUCUUAAAGAUGGAAAAAUAUGGAAUUGAAUAUGGAAGAAUAGCCUCACAUAGACCUGAAUUUUAUAGUUUUUGUGGCUGAAUCCACACACACACACAAACACACACACACACACACACACAGCCCAGGGACCUCCUACAUCCGCAAAAAUCACAUAAAGGGUUUCACACGCCCACAUUAUUUACCACUGCAUGACAGGAAGCUGCAGAGCAUCUCUGACGUUUUCUCUACUCAACCUGGCAGUGAACCUGCAGUGGAUAGACUAAGAAACUUUAAAUAUUAAAUGUGAAGUGGGGGCUUUUGUGGAAGGCCUGCAUGUCAGUUUAUGUCUGGUGGGGAAAAGGGAAGAUAGGAAAACUGAGACACAAAGAAAGUGCAGGAAAAAAGAAGAUCAAGGGAAAACGCUACCCAAGGCACAACUAUGUGGACGGCAAACAUGACGACAGUGGUGACGAGUUGCCUGGCACUUUUGCUGACAAUGUUUGGGGUGAACAUGACAGCUGCCUCAGCACCAGACACUAAUGCAGGAGAUGAGGCCACCAUUGGCAAACAAAGUCUGCUUUCCUCCAACCAUCUGAGUUUUGGGGUCACAGAGAUUCUGUUCAACAUUUCCAGCAGCACUGAAUACCUGAGAGUGCAACACACCCAGGUCACAGUGAUCAGACAGAGCGUCCUCUCCCAUCUGCAGCUGCUCACCACACUCAUCAUAUUGGAGAACAACAGGCUGGAGACCAUUGGCCCAUUUGCUUUCGCCAACUUCCCUAAGCUAUCUGAAAUCAUCAUCUCAGGAAAUGUUGCACUUGAAGAUAUUGGAGCCUUUGCUUUCUCCAAUCUGCCCGAGCUCACUGAUAUAAUCAUAACUAAGUCCAGAAAUCUGCGUUGCAUCCAUCCAGAUGCAUUCAGGAACCUGAUAAAACUUAAGUAUCUGUCCAUCUCCAACACAGGGCUCAACAGUUUUCCAGACUUCACCAAGAUCUACUCCACAGCCUCGGGCUUUCUUUUUGACCUGCAUGAUAACAGCCACAUAAUGAGAAUUCCAGCCAAUGCCUUCAGAGGCCUCUGCACUCAAACUAUCAGGGAGAUACUGCUCACCAGAAAUGGCAUCAAGGAGGUGGCGAGUGACGCCUUCAACGGUACAAAGAUACACAGAUUAUACCUAAGGGGUAACAAACAGCUUACUCACAUCCAUCCCAAAGCCUUUGUGGGUUCCAGUGGGUUGACAGAACUAUCCAGGUGGAACUCACUGUGCUCACACCCCAAGGCUCGGGAUGACGUUCAUUUCUACAGAGACCACUGCUCCAACUCCACGUCCAUCACCUGCAGUCCUUUGCCAGAUGAAUUUAACCCCUGUGAGGAUAUCAUGUCUGCCACCUUCUUACAAAUUCUAAUCUGGGUCAUCUCUGUUCUCACACUGUUGGGAAACGGAGUGGUGCUGCUUGUAUUGUUAGGCAGCCGUGCCAAACUGACGGUUCCUCGUUUCCUCAUGUGCCACUUGGCCUUUGCUGACCUCUGCAUGGGUGUCUACCUAGUGGUCAUUGCAACUGUGGACGUGCUCACCCGAGGUCGCUACUACGACUAUGCCAUAGACUGGCAGAGAGGCCUGGGCUGUAGCGCUGCAGGAUUCUUCACAGUGUUUGCCAGUGAGUUGUCAGUGUUCACCCUUACGGCUAUCACCCUGGAGCGCUGGCACACCAUCACGUAUGCUCUGCGGCUGGACCGCAAAAUCCGUCUGAGACACGCGUGUAUCAUAAUGGCAGCGGGCUGGACCUUCUCCUUGAUAACUGCCUUUCUGCCAACAGUUGGUGUUAGCAGCUACAGCAAGGUGAGUAUCUGUCUUCCCAUGGACGUGGAGUCUGUGGAGUCUCAGGUUUACGUCGUGUCUCUGCUCCUCCUCAACAUCCUGGCCUUCUUCGUCGUGUGCAGCUGUUACCUCAGCAUCUAUCUGACUGUCCACAAUCCGUUAUCAAUGCCAGCCCACGCUGACACACGCGUGGCCAAGCGCAUGGCCAUCCUCAUCUUCACCGACUUCAUCUGCAUGGCUCCCAUCUCUUUUUUCGCCAUCUCAGCCGCCCUCAAGCUGCCUCUCAUCACUGUCUCGGAAUCCAAGCUCCUGCUAGUUCUCUUCUACCCAAUAAACUCGUGCUCAAACCCCUUCCUGUAUGCCUUUUUUACCCGCACCUUCAGGCAGGACUUCUUUAUCCUCUCGGCCCGAUUCGGCAUGUUCAAGACACGAGCGCAGAUCUACAGGACCGAGAGUUCUUCCUGUCAGCAGCCGGCAUGGAUCUCUCCAAAGAGCAGUCAUGUGGUGCUGUACUCCUUGGCCAAUGCAUUAAGCUUAGAUGCAAAAUAAGAAAGCUGACUGUUAUCCAGCAGGAGGGCGGUGGCUGGACACCUCGUGAUGCUGCAUAACAUUUAACUUGUUCUGAAAUCUUGGAUGAUGUCAUAUCUUAUUAGAUGUUUCUAUCUAUCAUAACUCUCUCAACAAUAUCCUGGUAUACUUCAAUGUUUUUAAGCCAAGCAUCACCAUCACAUCCCUGUGUGUUGACAUGAGGACGGCAAGUCAUGGCACAUCUAAGGGAGACUGCUUUUUAUUAGUAAUCCAAGCAUUAACAGAACAACUAAAGUAACCUCUGCCAAAAUAUAGGUCCAAAUUACUGCCCCAGAAAAAAGACUUGAUGUCUCCUUUACUAGUGAUGUAAUUGAGGUGGAGUUUACCUUGCUCACAAUUAACUAAACACUUGAGCAUAUAGAUCUCAUACUCAAAGGAAGGAAACGAAGGUAUUUAUGUGAAGUAAAUCAAUUUAACAUCAACAGUGAAUAAUGCUAAUCAUACAGUGCACAGGAGGAUUAUAGAAGUACUGAGGAAUAAUGGCAUAGAAAACAUCUGCUGUAUCUUAUGCCACACAUCUGGGUGUUUUACCAAUUAGUUUACCUGUAUAUCACAAAACAUAUUUAAUUAUUUCAUGUCAUGUCUAGAAUGUCUUGAAAAUGGCUAUUAGUAUUUCUAUCAAUGUGUUUUGUUUGAAAAUGGUCCAAUGUUUUAUUACGUCUUAUGAUAAAGUUGUUUAUUAUUA